CUCUUGUUGACCAUCCAAACCUCCAUACAUACCGUCUCGAGAUGGCACCCAAGAAGGCCAAGAGGAGGGGAGCAGCAGCAGAGGGCGGUUCCUCCAACGUGUUCUCCAUGUUUGAGCAGAGCCAGAUCCAGGAGUACAAGGAGGCUUUCACAAUCAUUGACCAGAACAGAGACGGUAUCAUCAGCAAGGAUGACUUGAGGGACGUGCUGGCCUCAAUGGGCCAGUUGAAUGUGAAGAAUGAGGAGCUGGAAGCCAUGGUCAAGGAGGCCAGCGGCCCCAUCAACUUCACCGUCUUCCUCACCAUGUUUGGAGAGAAGCUCAAGGGUGCUGAUCCCGAGGAUGUCAUCGUUAGUGCUUUCAAGGUCCUGGACCCCGAGGCUACCGGUUUCAUCAAGAAGGAAUUCCUUCAGGAGCUCCUGACCACUCAGUGCGACAGGUUCUCUGCAGAGGAGAUGAAGAACCUGUGGGCUGCCUUCCCCCCAGAUGUGGCCGGCAACGUAGACUACAAGCAAAUCUGCUACGUAAUCACACACGGAGAGGAGAAGGAGGAGUAAUGAAACAGACAGAAGAAAAGAAAACAGCCUCCCUUGCCAUUCUACCUUCCUGCUCCUCUGUUCUUCCUUCUAUUCUCUUUAUGUGUACUCGUGUGCUCUGUCUCUCACGCACACAAAUUCUCUAAAAGACUCGUCUCUACUCAAGACAUUUGUGUGAGAGCGGGCGCUCAUGGGUUGUCUAUGUUUGUUCGUGGGGAUAUGGGAUUAUUUUCAAUAAAAAUGAUCUUUUAACAUCUCCA